UUUUGAUCUGCCAUGAUCACUUUCAACCUGAGCAGUUACAACACAGGGCCCUUCAUCCUGGUGGGGAUUCCAGGCCUGGAGCAAUCCCACGUGUGGAUUGGGAUUCCUUUCUGUAUCAUCUAUAUCGUGGCUGUGGUGGGGAACUGCAUCCUUCUCUACCUCAUCGCAGUGGAGCGUAGCCUUCACCAGCCCAUGUUCUUCUUUCUCUCCAUGCUGGCUAUGACUGACCUCAUCUUGUCCACAGCUGGUGUUCCUAAGACACUCAGCAUCUUUUGGCUUGGGGCUCGAGAAAUUACAUUCCCAGGGUGCCUGACACAAAUGUUCUUCCUCCACUAUAGCUUUGUCCUGGAUUCAGCCAUCCUGAUGACUAUGGCAUUUGAUCGCUAUGUGGCCAUCUGUUCUCCCUUAAGAUACACCACUAUCUUGACCCCAAAGAUGAUCAUCAAGAUUGCCAUGGGCAUCUCUUUUCGAAGCUUCUGUAUCAUCUUGCCAGAUGUAUUCCUGCUCACACGUCUGCCUUUCUGUCGGACACGCAUCAUACCACACACAUACUGUGAACACAUAGGUGUUGCCCGGCUUGCCUGUGCUGAUAUCUCCAUCAACAUCUGGUAUGGCUUCUGUGUUCCCAUCAUGACAGUCAUCUCAGAUGUGAUUCUCAUUGCUGUUUCUUACGCUCUUAUUCUCUGUGCUGUUUUUCACCUCCCUUCCAGAGCUGCCCGGCAGAAGGCACUUGGCACUUGUGGUUCCCAUGUCUGUGUCAUUCUCAUGUUUUAUACACCUGCCUUUUUCUCCAUCCUGGCUCAUCGUUUUGGACAUAAUGUUUCACUUACUUUCCACAUCAUGUUUGCCAACCUCUAUAUAGUUAUUCCACCUGCACUCAACCCCAUUGUGUAUGGAGUCAAGACCAAACAGAUCAGAGAUAAGGUCAUACUUUUAUUUUCUACCAAAGGUAUAGAAUAAUGCACAAUGGAAAAGCUAGGGUAAGUGUAUAGUGUAUUAAUGUACCAAGACUGAUAAAAGCAAACACUAUUGAAAGUCAGA